AUGUCAGCACCUGACAAUCAAGACAGUUUGACACCUGAUGUAAACACGACACCUGAUGUAAAUACGACGAAGAAACGAUUUCUGUCUUCACCUUUUGAAAACGCAGACUUUAAGAAAUCUUGUCUCAUAAUGGACAUUAAUAUUGAUAGCGAGUCCACUAAUGGUAUGGAGCAAUCCGGGAAUGUAGUAGAAGAUCCUCCAGUUGCUAGUCUGUCACUUGACGACUCGGCCUUAGGAAAGAUCGCUCAACUGUUAAAAUCUUCAUUCCAAGAUGAAAUUUCAGCAAUCGUCAUGAAAGCAGUACAGUCAUCGAUUGACGCCAUUGUGACUGGCGUUACUGUGGGACUCGAUCAUAAAAUCAAAAUUUUAGAGUCGGCCAAUCUUGAUCUUAAAUCAGAGAAUAUAAAGUUAAAGCAUGAAAAUGUUGCAUUAAGGUCUGAAGUUUCAAAACUAGAUGAUGCUGUCGACGCUACUGAACUGUAUAGUCGAAGGAACUCCCUAAGAAUUACGGGUGUCCCUGAAAUUGAAAAUGAGAGUACCGACGAUUACGUGUUGGAUCUUUGUAUAAAGCUUAAUGUCAGCAUGAAUGUUUGUGAUAUAGACCGAUCUCACCGUGUUGGGCAAAAAAAAACAGGUCGUACAAGGGCUAUUCUCGUCAAGUUUGCUACAUAUCGUGCUCGGCAGAGACUUUAUAAAUCCAGAGCAAAACUAAAAACCUCGGGGUAUCGCGGUAUCUACAUCAACGAAGAUCUGACACAACGCCGCGGCCUUGCCCUGUAUACUACAAGGAUUCUCGUCAGGAACAAAAAACUCUCCGCUUGUUGGUCAUCGGACGGUACGAUCUUGGUGAAGGAUAACAAUGAUGAGAUUCACCGCGUAACUAGUAGUGACGCUAUAGUCAAGUUUGAAAAUUAA